GGGGUUCGGAUGCCGGCAAAAUAAAAUUCCCCCCAGCUUUACAGGGGUGUAGAACCUAGCAACGGAACUUCCAAAUCGUGGCCUCAAUUGACCAGAACAAUAUCUCCAAUCUGCCUCCGAAGACCCAAACUCCACGCCAUCAAACGUUACAAAUUCUCGUUCCUUCUUUGUGCUUAUCUCUUCUUUACAAAGCGAGUUCUUUCGGUCUCUCUACCCUUUUUCUAAUACUCAUCAAAGAUGGCAUCUCCACGAUCGGGCUCCCCACCGACAGCAUCGGCGUCGGGCGCGGGCACGGGACGGCCGUCGUCGCCUCCCCCCCCGCCGGGAGGCGCGCGGACGACGAUUCGGCGGCGGGCGGCGGCGGAGCAGAAGGACAAGAUCGCCAACGCGCGGCCGAGCAGCACGCGGGCGGCGGGCGCGGGCGGCAGCAGCAGCACGAUGCUGCGCCUGUACACGGACGAGUCGCCCGGCCUCAAGGUCGACCCCGUCGUCGUGCUGGUGCUCUCGCUUGUGUUUAUCUUCAGUGUUGUGGCGCUGCAUAUCAUCGCCAAGAUCACUCGUCGGUUCUCGAGCUAGGAGGCUUAAGGCUAAAUGGGUGGCGAUGGGUCGAGAGUUGAGGACUUCAGGAAGGGAUUCGAGAGGAGGCGAGGAGGCGAGGAGUCGGACAAGGAGAAGGCUGCUCUCGAUACAUACCAAGGGCUCCGACUCCGUGUUGGUGGGACCGUGGCGGUCAAUAAGAUGGGUGUUGGGACACACCAAAAACACUUUAACUGGGCGCGAAACCUAUCUUCGCCUUCCAGUGCUGGAUCUGCAGUAUCCCGCUCUGGAGCGUUUUGUAUUAUAUUCCCUGAUGGUCAACUUGAGAGCCGUGGGGGGCGUUGCAAUGGACUGUUGCCCACUACAAGUCCCACCUUGCCUAUUUACUUGAGUUCUUAGUACAAUGUCAUUUCACGGAGACCCGGCUCUGCGGGUUGGUCUGUGGGACUGGUAUCCGCAAGUUAAGUGC